AUGGAAAAACCUGUCGCUUCGGGGAAAGCACACUCCAUUGGAUUGUCCAACUUCAACAUUCUCAAGACCAAAAGAAUUCUUGAAAUCGCUAAGAUAUCCCCCGCUGUCAUCCAAGUUGAGGUCCGUAUCUCCCACAGCAUGAACUUCACCAGUUCUCAGCGCAGCAUGGUAUCCUCGUCAUGGCCCAUUAACCCCUCGGUGGGCGGUCGGUAUCCCUUGCGCGAGGGAAUGCCGACGCGCCAUUUCCAACAGAAGAUCCUCGAUAUCGCAGCUAGGAGUAACAUGACCCUGGCGCAGGUUUGCUUAUCCUGGGCUGUGCAGAGAGGAAUCGCAGUGGUUCCCAAAUCUGUCAAUGAAGCGCACAUGAAGUAUAAUCUGCGGCUGAAAAGGCUGCCUGACGAUCUCUUCGUCACCGUCGAUCAGCUUUCUUUGGAGCGGGGGCCCCUCCGGUUUCUUGACCUCGGCAGACACCUAGGCUUUGACAUCUUUGACGUGGAGAAGGAUCAGCCAGUAGAGAACUGCGCGCCCUGGGAUGGCUGUUAA